GGCAGGGGCGCAUCCUCUAGUGUUCUGGGCCGGGGCUUGAAUAUUUGCACCAGGGAGUGUUGAGCGCUUCAAGCAGGCCAAGGUCAAGGGUCUGAGCGAAUAGCAGCGGGUCUGAAGUGCGGUUAUGCAUGUCGUGCGGACUCUGCUGAUCACAUCCGCAGAGAAGGCACCUAGGCGGCUACAGAAGGCGGAGGUUCAGGUGCCCCUGAAGGAACCGAGCCCCGCCACUUACGCUGCUAACACGGAACCGCAGGAGGCUGGGUCCCUGGACACAGUGGUCACGGAGUAAGGCUGGUGGGCAGUUUGUGGAGUCUGCAACCCCGGGUCCUUGCCGAGAUUGGCGCUUCGGUGUGACUGCACCAUGAAGUACCCAGGCGUGGAGCUGAUUUUUGACCAUGUUGGACACUUUGGCAGAUUCCAGAGGUUCAUCUAUUUUGUAUGUGCAUUCCAGAGCAUGUCAUGUGGUAUCCAUUACGUGGCCUCCAUGUUACUGGUAAUCUCCCAUGAGGAGACCUGCAAGCCUCCAAGCAACGUAACUAAAUUUGCCAACCUCAACAAUUCUGCUGCAAAGCUGGAGGAUCUCUGGGCCUUCAUGUCCCCAGGCCAUAAGGAGCCCAUCACAGUGGAACUGCAGAAUGGUGAGGCAUGGGACCUCUCAAGGUGCAAUCAAGUCCACAGGGACAACAAGUCACAGCAUUCAGAGAACAGCAGCAGCCAUGACUUUUCUUGCCCAGAAAGCUACAUGUCUGACCAAAGGCAAUUUAACGGCACCAUGAAUCUGAUCUGUGACCAGCAGAUAUUCACACGUAUGCUCCAGCCAUUUUUUAUGUUUGGAGUCCUACUGGGGGCAAUCAUCUUUGGAUACUUUUCUGACAAAAAGGGAAGGCAAGCAGCCAUAUGGUUUACAAACACAGGCAUCUUUCUGUUUGGGAUCCUGGCCACAUUCACCUUUAAUUACUACAUCUUCAUAAUUUCGCGCUUCAUUUUGGCCAUGCUUACCAGUGGCUAUUUUGUGGUGGGAUUUGUCUAUGUGACUGAAUUCGUUGGCAGGAAGUCUCGGACGUGGGCAUCCAUGAAUUUACAUAGCUUUUUUGCGUUUGGAGGGAUAAUAGUAGCUUUGAUGGGCUUCUACGUCAAGACCUGGUGGAUUUAUCAAGUUAUCCUCUGCUUGGCGACUUUCCCCUGUAUCCUGUGCUGUUGGAUGUUGCCCGAGUCCCCCUUCUGGCUCAUCUCAGAGAGAAAAUACGAAGAAGCGCAAGAGCUGGUGGACAUGAUGGCCGCGCGGAACAGCACGGGUACCUGCGACCUGUGUGAAGUUCUGGCACUGGAUGGGACUGUUGAUAGCAAAUCGCCUCCAGCUAAGAAGCCCGACAUCUUAGAUCUGUUUUACAGCUGGAAUGUCACAUCAGGAACGCUGAGUAUUUGGCUGGUUUGGUUCACGGCAAGUUUUGGAUUCUACUCGUUAUCUCUGAAGCCUGCUCGUUUGGACGACCGUCUGUACUACUUCAACGUCUUACUCCUGGCCAUGUUGGAAAUUCCUGCCUACAACUUCACGUGUGUCCUGGUCAACAAGAUGGGAAGAAGAAAUGGCCAGGCCGUCUUCCUCUUCUGCAUUGCUAUCUUCUGCACCAUAAUCAUCGUGCUCCCCUGGAAAUAUUUUAAGACCAUAUAUGCGGCAAUUAUUUGUGUGAAGUUCUUCGUAGGAUCGACAUUUGGUCUUGUUUUUCUGUACACGGCAGAGCUGUAUCCGACUGUGGUAAGGUCGCUGGCCAUGGGCACCAGCAGCAUGGUGUGCCGCUUGGGGAGCAUCUUCGCCCCAGUUGCCCUGCACCUGAGCAACACUUGGAUCUACACACCACAGCUGAGCAUGGGGGUUCUCGCCUUUCUGAGUGGAGUGGCCUCGAUGACCCUGCGGGAAACUGUGGGGAAGCCGCUGGCCACCACCUGGGAGGAGAUGGAGUUUCUGGAGAGAGAGGGGAAAAGCAACUCCAGCAAAGGCCUUCCUACUGCUCACCCACCGGGGCUGGAAGACACAGAAGCAGUCAGGCCCGAGAACCCCGGCCUUGGCACAUGAGUGUGCCCGGGCUGGCAUCCCGCACCUCAGUUCCAGCAAAGGCCUGUCCACACUGCUCAUCCCCUGGGGCUGAGAGACACGGAAGCAGUCAGGCCCAAGGACU